GUGCACUUAGAGGUGGAUUGUUUACAGGCGGGGCUUCUCGUAGCGCUUUGAGCGUCGAGCCCGUUUUGUGUAGCAGCAACGAUGGGCGGAGAACAAGAAUGGAAGCCGGGUGGCAUGAAGAGAAGAAGAGAGAGAUGGUCGUCGCGCAUGGCUCGAACCUGCAGGUCUGCAAGCUCCGUCGUCGGGUGUCUUUACUACGCGGUCCUUGCAUAGCACUGUGUUGGGUCGCGCAUGUCUGGACUCGCGCUGUCUUCCUUCCUCGCGAGGCAAAUUGUCGACGAUGUGAGAGUGCCCAUUACGUUCUGCCGACAGUAAGCCAAGCUUUUGUUGGCGCACGUGAGAUCUUAGGCCUGGGAGGAUAGUGAUACGUAGAAGGGCUGUUGACUGGCUCGGGCUUGCAGUGCUCACUUUGGAUGAGACAGGAAGUUGGUAAUAAAGUUCUGGAAACCAACCAACAUGUAAUUUGCUUGGAAUUGUCGGUGGUUAAUGCUACCAUCGAACAUGCGUCAGAUGAAGUUCAUGCAUGCGAGUGACAUCGUGGAAACACGCCCGAAGGGCGACCGCGAGAGCUUGUAUGGAAGUUUCCCCAGCGCCACCGAACUUCUUCGAUCAGGCCCGACCGCCCACGGAACCGAGCCUGGGCAUGAGCCACGCCGAGACAGGAAAAAUCUAAAAGAGUCCAGCCACGGUUCUCAACAGCAAAGGGCUUGCACACACCAAAUAAGGCUCUCCGGAAGAGAUCGUGUUGGACUCGAAACCGAUGACCAUCUUCCGAUGCGAGGGGUGAAAGAAAGAGCUGACGACGAUCACGCGCGAGAUGCCCUCGAGGAUCACGAUCGCGAUCGCGGUCACGGAAGGUCUUGCUCGUAUCAUGUAGGCUCGUGAUGAGUUGCGCCAUGGUAGAUCUGGUUUGUCUUGCGUUCAAGAUAGAAGCGCACGGCAGGCACAGUGUGCGCUCCAUGUAAAAGUCAGGCCGGCUUGAGUCUAGCGGUGUUCUUAUCCUCGACAUCUGGAAAUGGCGGAAGAUCGCUACGACCAAGCAUCAAUUAUGAAUUCUGAGGCAUCCGAUCCCUUUUCUGUUCAAAGGCUGUGAGCACCGAUGUUCUUCCCUGCCAAAGCACCAUCUGACAUCUGACCACCUGGCCAUAUGAUCCUGCUGAGUGGGAUUUAUUGCAAGUGGAUGCAGUAUUGUGGGCGUGAAUUCGAGCCCUGCCGAUCACUCCGUCGGCCCGAACUUCAACUUUACCAGUUCUGUGCAGACACCUCGUAGAGUGAACCGUCCGCCCUUAAAUGGGGAUGACGAGCCCUCGCCUGAGCACGAAAGAUCUGGAAGGCACGCAUUGUUGGAGCCGGCCAUGCGGCUGGAAGAUGCAAGUCCUCUCGGUCUGGCGUGUCGAUCUUGCGCGUUGUUUUGCGCAGUGUUCAGCGGUCCAUGGCGGAAACAGUCGCCGUGCCGAGUGAAAUCUGUGCCUGGACCGAAGCAAGGCCAUAGAACUUGGCCGUGAUCAGCUGCCAAGCUCGGGUCGGGUCGGCUCGGUUCAGCUGUCGGGGCGGGAGGAGGAGGAGGAGGAGGGAGUGGCGCAGUUGUGCCCGAGAGAAGACGACAGCAGUGAAAGCUUUUGGAGCGUGUAACUGGAAAUUAAGAGGGGCGUCGCGAGACAGACAUGCUGUGAGGUCGAAGGCACGUACAAGGCGAAAAGCCCAUCUCGCGUCCUUAAUUGCACCGGACAUGAAUCGAAAUCUGCGGAUUCGCUCUCGGCGCAGAAGAUUUGGAAGCCUCCACUGCAGCAAGCGCUGGAAAGCUCGGAAAAACAGUGGCCCGAGCGAGGCCCGAGCGAGGCCAAGUGCAUGCUGCCGGGCAAAUGAGUCGCAGGAUCCUGGAAUGGGCGAGCGCGAGUUCUUCAGGUACUUCAGGGAAAAGGUGGUGGUUUGCGAUGUGCAGAGUCACCAAUGUGAGUAAUUGCUCGGUUGGUAGACUUCCGACCAGGAGAGAAGGCGGUAAAGAAACAGUAGUUGAUGGAUGGCGAAUCACCCGCAUCAAGGAUAUGGGAAACGACACGUAGAGGGAUGUUUGACAGCUUUAUCUGGCUUCCAUAGAUUCUUUUUGUUAGCUGCUACCGGAGUCGAUAAAUCGAUGUAUUGAUGGAAAAGCAGGGGAAUCAGAAUAGGAUCUCCUUUUGUCUCGAGAAGUUAAUUGCGUGGACCAAAUCCGGAGAGUUGGACUCUAAAGUACUGCCAUAUUGAUGGGAGAGGGAAUCAAAUUCCCGCAGGAGUUUCGGCUCCAUCAAACCUCCCACACUCACUGUCGAGCGAGUCAUCCAUCCUCUGCGCUACGUGGUGACCCCGCCGGCUCCUCCCCGGCCCUACCCCCGGCGACAUGCGUUCCACAUCUGCCAUCUCCCAACGGCACGAGCUCGAGAGCGCAAUUCUUCGAUCCUCUCUGAUUCGAGCCCUGCCUGCCUGCCUCCCUGCCUGCCUGCCCGUCCUGACCUGGCCUGCUGCUGCUGCUCGUUCGUUCGAGGGCUCGAGCAGUGAG